CCGUCGGCAGGCGUCCGGCGCUGCCCAGUGUGGCUGUGGCGCCGCCCGCCUCGGACGCUUGGAACCGUCGCGUCUGUGUCGCCUGUCGCCCAUCGCCUGCCGCCGCUGCCAGCCACCAGCAGCCAUGAGCGCGCCCGGCCCCGGUGUAGUCUGCUGUCCUCUAGAUUAGUGCUCUCCGCCGCGACGGUCCGCAGCAUGGAGUCGCCCGCCGCGAGCCCGCCGGCCAGCUUGCCUCAGACCAAAGGAAAAUCCAAGAGGAAAAAGGACUUACGGAUAUCCUGUGUGUCCAAGCCACCUGUGUCCAACCCCACACCGCCCCGGAACCUGGACUCCCGGACCUUCAUCACUAUCGGAGACAGAAACUUCGAAGUGGAGGCUGAUGACUUGGUGACCAUCUCAGAGCUGGGUCGUGGAGCCUACGGGGUGGUAGAGAAGGUGCGGCAUGCUCAGAGUGGUACCAUCAUGGCUGUCAAGCGCAUCCGGGCCACCGUGAACACACAGGAGCAGAAACGUCUGCUUAUGGACCUAGACAUCAACAUGCGCACGGUCGACUGCUUCUACACUGUCACCUUCUAUGGUGCCCUCUUCAGAGAGGGGGAUGUAUGGAUCUGCAUGGAGCUCAUGGAUACUUCCCUGGAUAAGUUCUACCGGAAGGUGCUGGAGAAGAAUAUGAAAAUUCCGGAAGACAUCCUGGGGGAGAUCGCUGUGUCUAUCGUGCGGGCCCUGGAGCACCUGCAUAGCAAGCUGUCUGUGAUCCACAGAGAUGUGAAGCCAUCCAAUGUCCUCAUCAACAAGGAAGGGCAUGUGAAGAUGUGCGACUUUGGCAUCAGUGGCUACCUGGUGGACUCUGUGGCAAAGACAAUGGAUGCUGGCUGCAAGCCUUACAUGGCCCCUGAGAGGAUCAACCCUGAACUGAAUCAGAAGGGCUACAAUGUCAAGUCUGAUGUCUGGAGCCUCGGCAUCACCAUGAUCGAGAUGGCCAUUCUGCGAUUCCCUUACGAGUCUUGGGGCACACCGUUCCAGCAGCUGAAGCAGGUGGUGGAGGAACCAUCCCCGCAGCUCCCAGCGGACCAGUUCUCCCCUGAGUUUGUGGACUUCACUAGCCAGUGCCUAAGGAAGAACCCCGCAGAGCGCAUGAGCUACCUGGAGCUGAUGGAACAUCCAUUCUUCACCUUGCACAAAACUAAGAAGACAGACAUUGCUGCCUUUGUGAAGGAGAUCCUGGGAGAGGAUUCAUAGGGACUGGCCCGGGACCCCACUGGUCUGCCAGCAUCCAUACAUCCGUGCUGGGGCAGCACUUACCUACAGCCAUAAGCUACUGCCAUUCUGUUCCUGGGCAUUCGAGAAAUUAAGGGGUUGUUCCUGUCGGUUUCUGCAACUAGCUGUCCCAAGUGCCAAAGAACCAGACCUCAGGGGCUCCCAGCCAGGCCAUAUGUGCCCCACAGUGCCUCUGCUGUUGCUGCUCCCAGGGUCUCAGGCCUCUACCCAAGGGAUGAAUUUGGAGGGGCCUGUGUACCCUGGCAAAUGCUGUUGCUUCUUGGAGAGCAGGCAGCCGGUGUCUCUCUGGACAGGCCAUAGCCUUGGUACUAUCCUGGAUGCCACGCAGGUUGUAUAUAUAUUUUAAAUCACAACUGAAUGAAUGGACUUCGUACACUGUGGCCUGGAUCAGGGACAUCUCUAUCCUGUCUCAGGUGCUGAGGACACACUAUGAGGACGAGCCAUGUGAAUCUCCUAAGGCUUUCCUGAGAGACGUACUGAGCUUCCCAAGGCCUUCCCCCAGCACUGGCCAAUGGUCUCUGAGGGACACGCUGUCCUCAGACAGCCCCUGGUUACCACCUUUAGUGGUAUCUGCCUUUCCCUUUGAACUAUUAUUCCUGUUGCCUUUUGCUUUGUGGGUGUUGCUGGGUUUUCUUGCAUGGUUUGGAGCUGAUCACUUAACCCUGGGUGCCAGCAGGCUCACAGCCACCCAGUGCUCGGACUGGAGUCUGCAAGGAUGGCUCAAGCUCUUGGCUCAAAGCCACGAGGGAGCUGUACCAACUCUCCAGGUGUGACCAGCUCAUGGAAGCUAAUAGGUUUACUUUGGUGGUGUUUUUAAAAAAAAGAAAAUCUAUUUUUGUGAAGAAAGGCCUGCCUCUUCCAGCCUUUUUCUGGGCAGGAACCUAUUGCUGUUUUAAUUAAAAAAAAAAAAAAAAAAAAAAAAA